AUGAGUAACCAAUUCAAAAACACCUCUUCCUCAACCUGGGAUGUUCAAGAAGGAGGGAAUUCCACACCACCUCCAUCAUUCCAGUUCGAGCUGGAACCGGUGGUCAUAAGCGUCAACCCCUGGGAUAUAGUCCUGUGUGUCACGGGAACCCUAAUGUCCUGCGAAAAUGCAAUUGUCCUUGCCUUAAUUAUUUACACGCCCACCCUGAAAGCGCCCAUGUUUGUGUUGAUAGGGAGCUUGGCUUUUGCGGACCUAUUGGCGGGGCUAGGUUUGAUAGUGAAUUUCACCAUCACCUACAUUUUUGACACGGGAUUCGUGACGCUGCUAUCAGCUGGACUGCUCAUCACUGCUUUUUCGGCCUCCGUUCUCAAUAUCCUGGCAAUCACGGUGGAUAGAUACCUCUCCCUUUACAACGCACUGACUUACCACACGGAACGAACGGUGAUUUUUACCAUCGUCACACUGGUGCUCAUUUGGGUGACUAGCAUCACUCUGGGCGCGCUACCGAUCAUGGGUUGGAACUGCCUUAAAGAUGAGACGACGUGCAGCAUUUGCGCCCCCAUUGAUAAAAAUCACGCCGCUGCGCUGGCGGUGACUUUUCUUUUUGUAUUUGCACUUAUUUUGCAACUAUACCUCCAGAUUUGCAGGAUUGCUUUUCGGCACGCGCAGCAAAUCGCCGUGCAGCAGAAGUUCAUGAGUACCUCCCACUCCUCCUCCCCCACCACUAAAGGGGUAUCCACCCUCUCCAUUAUCCUUGGCACCUUUGCAUUGUGCUGGAUCCCUUUCGCCAUGUACUCUCUGGUGGCUGACAUCGGAUACCCCCCUAUCUAUACCUACGUCACCGCUCUGCCGGCCAUUUGUCACUCUAUGAUAAACCCCGUCAUUUAUGCUUUCAGAAAUCCUGACAUACAGAAAUCUAUGAGAAUCGCUUGUUGUUGUGGAUGUGUGUCUUCCAACUUUUCUCUGCGACCAAGGACACCAAGUGAUGUCUAG